UCUUCUAAAGGAGAGCAAAGCGUGGCUACCUGUGUUUCUCUCAAUUUUCUUUGACCUCACAAGUCAUUGUACUAUCAAACUAACGUCACUUCCCGAGAUGGCCAAAAAGCGAAUAUCAGUUUCUAGGGUUUCCGAUUCCCCCGUCGUUCGUCGAACAAAGGAAGCUGCCUCCGACGCUGUCUUCGUAACGAAAAAGCUUCUCCGUAGCACCGGCAAGGCUGCCUGGAUCGCCGGAACAAGUUUUCUUAUACUUGUUGUCCCUCUCAUCAUAGCCAUGGACCGUGAGCAGCAGAUCAAUGAGCUUGAAUCUCAACAGGCUAACAUCCUUGGAACUCCUUCUCCUCACUCACUUACCCUUCCGAACUAAACCCUCUCCACUUUGAGGUUUAUUUUUAUCUUUUUUUAAUUUCAUUUUUGAAAUUUUGACAUUGUAGGUUUUGAUUUUGUGUUGGUACUAUGGAUUUAUAAAUUUGUUUGAAUUUAAUUUGCAUUAUGAUUAUAUGGUUAUAAUGCGAUUUGGUGAACAUGGAAUUGUUGGUUGUUUCUGUUAGUUUUUAUACGAUUUUUGGAGUUGUUGUUUCAAAGCCUGAUGAGGUUGGGGAUUUUAUUGUGUUUGCUAGGGUUUUAGAUAAAGGUCUGUGAUUUCAAUUUGGGCUAUGGCAUAAUGGUUUUUGAUUUGCUGAAAGCCUGAAACUGCAAUGCCACCAUGAUUGAAGCUGUAUCGACUGCAUUUGAAUGUAACUCUCUGCAUUAUUAAGUAUUCUGUACUGUUACGGCAGCCACUAUUUAAAAUCCUAGUGCCUAUCUAUUAACUGUUUGUGUUGGAAAUGAGAGUUUUGGAUUAUUCUUUUGGAUUCAAA